GCUUCGCCUUGUGUUCAGAUGAGCCCGUGGUGCUUGCUGGAGAGUUCACUCAUCGUUUGCUAGCUCCAGCUAAAACGGACCACAAAUCUUUUUCCUUUUUUUGAAUUUUAUUUAUUUCAUCCAAUCAUCGGAUAAACCUUUCUAAAAACAAGAUGUUACUCACCGCCGAACAUUACAUUAUCAUCCAAAGCUACGUGUUUUAAAGAGCCGGGAUGAACAUCUGAUGGCUGUUUUACUGAUGGAAGUUAUUGUGGCGAAUGGUUUUAACUAUGGUAUGCCGAUGUGAAUUUUUAUUAUACCCUUUACCCUUGGUUAUGGAUCCCUGUUUUUGUGAAUAUCAAUAAUUCCAAGGUUUUAUCAGGAGUCGGCCGCGAUCGAAGAGGGAAUUCUGCACGGCAAAGCAAACUACAGGGGAUUUAAAUCGCUUUGCUCCGGGGAAACAAGAGAAGCAGGAAGAAAAUUCAUGUGGCGAUUCUCUCCUUAACAUUAAAACAUUUUGGAUUGCAGGAUGAGCAAGGAAAGACCUAAGAGGAAUAUCAUUCAGAAGAAAUAUGAUGAUAAUGAUGGGAUGCCCUGGUCGGAGGAGCGGGUGGUGCGGAAGGUGCUUUAUCUCUCGCUGAAAGAGUUUAAGAGUUCACGGAAGCGCCAGGUCUGUGACGACCUUAGUAAUGGAGGAAAAAGCUCCAACGCUUCCUUGUCAAACGGCCAGCUGAAUGGAUGUGGGUCUAAAGGAGGACGUAAGGAGGCCGGUUCACAUUCUGGAGCCACAAAUGGAGGCAGCGAGUACUCUGAGGACUACCCGGUCAAAAAGAGGCCAAGACUGCAUGCACAGAGGAAAUUCGCCCAGUCUCAACCCAACUCUCCCAGCACCACACCAGUGAAGAUGGCCGAUCCCUCUCUGCCCACGCCGCACACGCAUAUCACAUUCCUCUCCAGACGCAAACCCAAGACAGAGGACUUCCUCACCUUCAUAUGCCUUCGAGGCUCGUCGGCAUUACCCGAUAGCAUGUCCUACUUUGGGAAUUCUCAGGAUGAGGAGGAUCUGGAUGAUGAAGAUGAGAUUGAGGAAGAGAAACCACCCAGUGUGGCAUCCACAUCGUGUCAGUCUACACCCAAGAAGGGAAAACCGUCCAGCAAGAUCAAUGGAUUCGCAUUGAAUGGUCAUAAAGUACACAAAGAGAAAGAGCUUGCAACCAGAUCCAGAGGCAGAGAGUCAUCAGUUGGCAGAGAUCAUGGCGAGAGGUGUGAAAUCUCCCUUAAGCACACAGCGGCCACGGCAAGGAGCCACAACACCAACGGGCACAACUACAGAAGAGCCACAGAGGAACUCCGCAAGCAGGUCCCGAAAGUAAACGGACUAACACGGGCAUCAUCGGUGGGUGCCAAAAAGUCGAAAGACAUCCGUCUGCCGUCCAAAACUGUGAAGUACACAGCCACCGUGACCAAGGGCCACGUCACAUACACCAAAGCAAAACGAGAACUGGUGAAGAAAGCCAAACUCAACCACAGCAAGCAUGCUGGGUCCGCCGGCCUCCGUGCUUACAGCAACAACCACCACCAUCAUUCUCAUCAUCCAACCAGCAAUGGCCACGGCCGACCCCAGCUCUCUCACUCAGGAAAAGCCCAAAGUAUCAAUGCAAAAACCCGCAAACAGGUGCUAUUGUCGAACGGGGUGCAUAAGGUUACUAACGUGGGCGCGGGUGCCCGGCUUAACGGCAGGAUUAAUGGACGCCACAGUGCCAUGGAAGUGGAGGAAGAUGUCCGAAAGGUGCGGCAAGGUCUGCGGAACUCCAAACGCAGGAGUGAUGCGGCCAUCGCCGUUGUGGGAGCUGGAACUGAGUGCGACGAGGCUAAAACCAAACCACCUCUUUCUGACGCUAAGAAACUGAAAUUGCAGACCAGUCCUCUGGAAACACGCAGCAAGAGAGCCUUGGGCCAGUUUAAGGCCUCUGGCAACGUUGCUAUUGCACACAAUAUCACUGAAAUGGCCGCUUCCCCAACUCAGAAAACGGGUCCCAUGCCUCCUCCUUCUCCCCCUGCUGCUCCCGCCUCCCCAGCCAUGCCUCAGAACCCUGCAACUCCCGAGCCGGCGCGUCAGCGGCCCAAACGUGCCUCUGCUGGCAAGCUGAUGUUCAUCAGACAUGCUCAGCAGAGGGCUCACGCUAACCCCGCCCUUAACCGGACCACAUCCACUACCUCAGCCAGCAAGUCCUUCAGACCAGCAGAAAUUACGACCACGCCCUCACCACGGCUGGAGAGGGAACGUGAACGGGAAAAGAGCAGGGUGGGGUGUGCGUCCCUGGGGGACGUGCCCAUUUUGAGGCCCAGCUCCAGGGAGUUUCAGGACCCUUUGGUGUACCUUGACUCAGUAAGGGAACGGGCAGAGAUGUGUGGGCUCUGCAGAGUGCUGCCACCUCCAGACUGGAGGCCAGAAUGCAAACUGAACGACGAUAUGCGCUUUGUGACGCAGGUUCAGCGCAUCCACAAACUGGGCCGACGUUGGGGUCCCAAUGUUCAGAAACUGGCCUGCAUUAAGAAGCAUCUCAAAUCUCAGGGCAUCUCAAUGGAUGAGCCGCCUCUUAUAGGUGGCUGUGAAGUAGACCUGGCUCGUUUUUCCGAGCUGGUGUGUGACAUGGGCGGAAUGCAGCAGGUGAUGGAUUUAAAAAAAUGGAGCCGGCUCGCCGACCUUCUUCGCAUUCCCAAAUCAGCACAGGACCGUCUGGCCAAACUCCAGGAAGCCUACCUGCAGUACCUGCUUUCAUACGACCUCCUCUCUCCCGAGGAGCACCGGCGACUAGAGCAGGAGGUGCUGGCAGAAAAAGAGGCUAUCGAACGCAAGCGAGGGCCCCUGGAGGGUCACACGGAUAGCUGCCAGCGGUCCCUUGCUCUUCCUCGUUACGAGCCCAAGAACGGGCUCACCGGCCUCAACCACCCCAACGGCUUUCGCAACCACGGCAAAGAGCCGGACGCCCAGCGGCAGGUUGGCCGCCGCAGACUGUUUGCUCAGGAAAAGAAAAGGGAUAAUGUGGAUGGUGAAAAGGCAGAUGAGGUGGAAGAUGAAGGUGUUCUCAGCGACCAGCACAAAUGUAUAUACAAGGGGAGGUCGGUAUCUUUGACCACCUUUUACAGAAUAGCAAGAAAUACUAUGAUGAUGUGCUUCAACAAGGAGCCUGGGGCUGCUGAAGUUGAGCAAAAUUACUGGCGUAUAGUGGAGCAGAGGGACUGCCAUGUAGCAGUGCAUUAUGGGAAAGUGGACACAAAUACGCAUGGAAGUGGCUUCCCUGUGGGCAAGACUGAACCCUUCUCCAAGCAUGGAUGGAACCUCACUGUCCUUCCCAAUAACUCUGGAUCCAUUCUGCGCCAUCUUGGUGCUGUGCCCGGGGUGACUAUUCCCUGGUUGAACAUUGGCAUGGUCUUUUCUACCUCAUGCUGGUCACAAGACCAAAACCGCCUUCCAUACAUUGAUUACUUACACACUGGUGCUGAUUGCAUUUGGUAUUCAAUUCCUGCUGAGGAAAAGACAAAGCUUGAUAAAGUGGUGCACACACUGCUACAGGCCAACGGCACGCCAGGACUGGAAAUGCUGGAGAAGAAUAUUAUGAUUUCACCAGAGGUGCUGUGUCGCGAAGGGAUAAAGGUCUACCGUACCGUCCAGCAGAGCGGUCAGUUUGUGGUGGUCUUUCCCGGAGCGUUCGUGUCCAGGAUGUGCUGCGGUUACAGUGUGUCUGAGACUGUGCACUUUGCCACCCCGCAGUGGAUGAACCUGGGCUACGAGGCUGCUAAGGACCUGAAAUGCAGACGAAUAGCCAAACCCUUCUCUAUGGAGAAAUUACUCUACCAGAUCGCCACAGCCGAGGCCAAACGAGAAAACAGACUUUUGCUUAAUACAAUCUCUUCUCUUCUCAAAGAUCUCAGGACCAUGGAGAUGAAGCAAAGGCAGGAACUUUAUGAAGCAGGGCUGCUCUCCUCUGCGCGGUACGGCACGCAUGACAACAAUCAAUCACCUGUCGAUGCCAGAAAGAAAGCGCGCAAAUGGCUGGCUUUGGAAUCAUCGGAGAGACGCUGCCAAACGUGCCAGCAUCUUUGCUACUUAUCUAUGGUGGUGCAGGAGACUGAAAACGUUGUUUUCUGUCUGGAGUGUGCGCUGAAAUAUGUGGAGAAACACAAAAGCUGUCGUGGACUCAAGAUGAUGUACCGCUAUGAUGAGGAGCAGAUCAACAGUUUGGUGAAUCAGGUGUGUGGAAAAGCCCUGCUGAGAAACGCAGCAGACGCCUGCAAUGGCUCCAGCCCCAACAAAAGCAACGGCAAGGGCCGUCCCCGCAAGAGAGCUGCUGUGGAGGUGUCUCUCGCCCACCUGCCCAACCACCUGUCCAAAAGUGCCACUGCUGCAGUCUCAUGAGAUGUGGGUGGGAGGCGUGUCCUCACCUACAUCAACCAAUCAAUUUCCUCUCCCACCAUAUCAUUUCUGUCUCGUAUCAACCCCACCCAAAUAGCAGAGCAGAAUAUCCUGUGUUGAAAACAGGCUGCCUUUUUUGCACUAGUGCACUAGUUGUUUUUUGUUUUAUUCUCCAGAUGUUUGAUAGCAUUAAAAGACAUGGUCCCAGGUGUGCAUUUCACUGGCAGGUAUGACAUUGUGUUUCUGCCUGGAUUUUUCUUCAGCCCCUUUGACUGCACACAUGCUCACCUGAACUGUGAAACUCGGGGACGUAUGGGUGCUUCUCUCCUCGUUUUAUCUGCCCUUUUCCUUUUAAUGUUGGUGCUCGACGGAGCUUUAUUUUUUAGUUAUUUUUAAUUAUUCAAAUUAAUUGAGUCCCCAUGCAGCUCCUCUGCGAAAAACGCAGCUCUAAACACUUGAAAUGUAGGGUUUAAUGUGUGCUUUUUUUAAAGAGGAAGUAUUAUGUUUUAGUUUGGAUUUCUUUUUACAUUGGAUUUGGGGAACACCGGUUGCCAUGGCAGCAGGUAGGGCUGUACCUGAUGUAAUGGGUGUGCUGCAGAAUUAAAAGGUGGCUCCUAGCCCAAAAGUGAGAGGGGUUCCUCUCAUAACUGUGCCUGAUGUUAGCGGGGAGAAUUACAUUUUUGGUGCUGUUUUGUUCGUUUUACUGUAUAUCAGUACGUAAAGGUAAUAAAAACAGAAGUGCUAUCCGCCGUAGCCUUCUAAUCCCACAAGGCGGAAAAGCCGGGAGGUUUUCCGCUUCUAGAUGUGCAAUCGUGUCAACAUUCCAUUCUUCCGGACUUAUGGAUUCAUCUGUACCAGUUAACAUUAAUUAUUAUAUUAUAUUAUUGUAAUUAUUAUAUUUUGUGUUUUUUUUCCUUUUUCCAAUGUGCUAUCAAGUUAGAGCCACUAUUCAGAGGGUUGAAAAUGUGAAAUACAAGUCCACGUUCCUGGUUUUCUUUUAAUUUCCCUUUUGCAGAAGUAUCAUGUUGAUUUAAAGAAAGUUAUGAGAAAUCUCCUCUUUUGUACAUAAUCCUGUAAAUGUCUUUAAUACUUGAGCCUUUGUUGGAAUGACAGAAGAAGCAGAUGGAUGGAUAGAGUGAUGUCAGAUGAAGAAAAGCCUUAUAUUUUCAAUUUCUUCAGCUGUGGGAGUUUAAGGCGUACAGGGUCGCUCUGGUAAUGUGUAUAAAUUUGAAGUGCUGCUUACAUCACUGACGACUAAGAUACGGAGUCGCGAUCCCCCCCUAUUUUUUUUUUUUUUAGGUUUACUUUUUUAAAGAAAAGGGAAAAUACUUUGACAAAAAAAAGGUUUUUACAUUUUCAUUACUGAAAAUUCAACAUUUUAGUAGCUACUCAUGUUGCACUGAGCUUGCCAGUGGGGACUGUCAAGGAAAAACUAUAAAAUCCAGUUUGUUGGUUGAUGUUCUUAUCAGAAGACUGAACUGUUUUAGGACUAUCGUAUUGAAUGAAAACCAAGUCGGUUUCAACAAAAACGGUGGUUGUCAAGUUUUUAUGGCCUUACGAUGUAUUUUAUUCAGAAUUUUUUGGUGUUUUUCUUUUAUUUGGUUUCUAUUUUCUACAAUAUGAGAGAUAUGCUCACGGUCAGGCAAAGUUAAUUUAUUAGCGCUGCGUCUUAACAGAGUUCAUGUUGGUUAUAUUUCCAGUUUUAUUUUAUUUUUUACUUUUUCUAUUUGUACUUAAUAAAAACUCAUGGACAAUUCACUGUCA